GCCUCCUGCUAUCUGUGGUGGAGAAGGAAGGCUCUGCACAUUGUACAUCUGCUCCUGCAGCUCGCAAACAGAGGCAGUGCAGGAAAGGAGGUCCAAUCAAGACUUGCCUACGUGCAGCAAUUCUGUUCUUCAGAAACGUAAAUACAUUACAAAAAAAAGAGGAUCCAGUCAGUUUGUCCUUCCCCAGUUAUGUGCUCAGAAUAAGAAGAUGACAUACUGGAUUUGAACGUUCUUCAUGACAAUGCCAUGCUGAUGUUGCACACAGUCUGGUGUAACUACAAGCCACAAAUCAGACAGACAGUGUGCUAACUCACUGCCUUAAUAGACUUCAAGAAUUCUCCUUACUCAUUUUUACAACCUUUUUUUGCAGUAAAGUGACGACCAAUGGUGCUGUUAAUACAAAGGACUUGCUAAAUGCCAAUAGGAGUGUUCGGAAUAAAAUAUUAUUCUUUCUUUUAAAAAACAGAACUGUCUUUUUGGCAUUUACUACUUGGAACUGAUACCUGGGCAUCAGAAAGUCUCUGACAAAGAGAGCCACAGUGAUUUACACAGAGGACAGAUUCAAGUUUCUGAUAACAGCUACUCUGGUGAGAUGCUACACUUCACACAGGCAUUUUGUCCACUUAAAGAGAAAAGACAAAGAAGUUGAGAGUGAGGACGACAGUUCUGGCUACAGCAAUCUGAGGUCAUACACCUAUAAACAUCAUGAAGAAACUGACUCUUUUAGUCUUGUUUACACUGGUCAAGUUGACAUUCAGUGUUGACAAAGUGGAGGAAUUUCAGGCUAAUGAGGAAAACAAUGAGCAGGAGUUCAUUUACACAAACAGACACAAACGUGCCACAGUGUCGAUGGAAAACAAGUGCUCAUAUACCUUCAUUGUGCCCCAGCAGAAGGUCACAGGCGCGAUUUGUGUGAACUCAAAACCUGAAUCGGUGGUAGAGAGCAGGGUCAAUAAACAGGAGCUGGAGAUGCUUAACAAUGAACUGCUGAAGCAGAAAAGACAGAUUGAGAGUUUGCAGCAGCUUGUCGAGGUAGACGGUGGGGUUGUUAAUGAAGUGAAGCUUCUGCGGAAGGAGAGCCGGAACAUGAACUCUCGAGUCACACAGCUGUACAUGCAGCUCCUGCACGAGAUCAUACGCAAGCGGGAUAAUGCACUGGAAGUCACCCAUCUCGAGAACAAGAUUCUUAACCAGACAGCAGAGAUGAUGCAGCUUUCCAAUCGCUAUAGGGACCUGGAGCACAAGUAUCAGCACUUGGCAUCGCUGGCAAAUAACCAGACCCAUCUCAUUGCACAGCUGGAGGCAAGGUGCCAGCUGCUGCCAGCUGCUAAACCCAUGCAGCCACCACCCCCGAAACGCAAAAUCAACCUCAUUACAACCAAUGAGAUCCAACGAGAUCAGAACCAUCAGGACAGACGCCAACUGGCACUAAACCUACUGCCAACCAUGCCUGCUGUUCCUUCUAACAUGCCCUCUGCAAAUACACCUUCUGGGCCGUGGAAAGAUUGUUUAGAAGCCUCAGAAGCUGGCAAGGAAGCCACUGGUAUCUACUUGCUGAAACCUGAAAACACAAACCGCCUCAUGCAGGUCUGGUGUGACCAAACGCACGAUCCUGGCGGUUGGACAGUCAUCCAGAGACGACAGGACGGAUCAGUGAAUUUCUUCCGUAACUGGGAGACCUACAAGCAAGGGUUCGGAAACAUUGAUGGGGAGUAUUGGCUUGGUCUGGAAAACAUUUACUGGUUGACAAACCAAGGGAAUUACAAGCUGUCAAUCACCAUGGAGGACUGGCAGGGACGGAAGGUGUUUGCUGAAUAUGCCAGCUUCAGACUAGAGUCCGAGGCUGACAAUUACAAGCUUCGGUUGGGACGUUACCAUGGAAACGCUGGCGAUUCCUUUACUUGGCACAAUGGAAAACAGUUCACUACACUGGACAGAGACCGUGAUGCAUACACAGGUAACUGUGCACACUAUCAGAAAGGUGGCUGGUGGUAUAACGCCUGUGCACAUUCAAACCUCAAUGGCGUAUGGUACCGUGGUGGACAUUAUCGCAGCAAGUACCAGGAUGGCGUAUACUGGGCGGAGUUCAGAGGGGGUGCUUACUCCCUGAAAUCUGUUACUAUGAUGAUUAGACCCAAUCCCAACACUUUCCAUUGAAAAAGAACAAGGUGUCUUGGAACUCACUGAAGUAGAAAUGAACAACAGCACUCUGUGUAAUGAAAUCCACCUUACAAUUAACAUAUGUACCAAGCUGUGCUUAUUCUUUGAGAUGAAAAGAAAAAUACUUCCAUGUAUUUAUUUCCUGCAAAAAAGUACAAAUUUGUAAUGUCCUGUAUACAAACAUUUUUCUCAUGUAACAUCAAUUUUCUGGUGAAAAUGCUGAGUUCACAGUAUUUGUGCUUACAGUCUUAAAAUAUAGUAUUGUAAUAAAAUGCCAAUGUGUUUGGGAGGAUAUAUUCAAUCCAAAAAUGUGCAUUGAGAAAGCAAUCUGGUAAAUUCCUCCGAUACAGCAAAUUGCAAGGCUAAUGUAAGAUUUUUGUCACACAGCAGGAUUUCAUUUGUUCUGUAACUCUGACGCAGGAAAAGGGUUCUGGUGAAUCUAUGGGUACAUGUUGUACUCUAGAAGCUCGGCUCUGAAUUUCCACAGACUAACAUUUCUCCAAAAAUUGUCAAAUCAAGAAUGCGUGCUAAACGCUUCUAAAUUUUUAAACAGGGAUAGAUGUUUUAAACAACAGCAAAAUGGACAUCUACCCAAACAAUCUCCCUCAAAUUCUUUUGAUGUCUGCACCUACUAGCCACUCCCAGACAUUUUGAGUGAAAAUUUUUCAAAAAAAAAAUUGGGGUUGGGUAGAGAAGUGGACCUUGAGGUAAACGUACAACUUUAGAGAGCUUUGCAUCUAUUCUCCACUUGCCUGGAUGAGUGCAGCCCCAGCAACACUCAAGAAGCUUCACACCGCCCAGGACAAAGCAGCCUGCUUGAUUGGCACUACAUCCAGAAACAUUCAUUCCCUCCACCACCCAUGCUCAGUAGCAGCAGUGUGUACUAUCCACAAGAUGCGCAGCAGAAAUUCACCAAAAAAUCCUCAGGCAGCACCUUCCAAACCCACAACCUCUUCCAUCUAGAAGGACAAUGGCAUCAGACAUAUGGGAACACCACUUCCUCCAAGUUCCCCACCAAGCUACUCACUAUCCUGACUUGGAAAUACAUUGCCGUUCCUUCACUGUCGUUGGGUCAAAAAUCCUGGAAUUCCCUCCCUAAUAGCACUGUGGGUCAACCCACAGCAGGAGAACGGCAGCGGUUCAAGAAGGCAACUCACCACCACCUUCUCAAGGGCAACUCGGGUUGGGCAAGAAAUGCUGGCCUGCCAGUGACAUCCACAUCCCAAAAAUGAAUAGAACAAAAAAAUCUCAAAAAUAAGUGGGAAUUCAAACGUGUGCCAUAUUCUAACCGCUAAUAUUGGGAAUGUGUCCCGCUGUCCACAAGAUAUAAUAAUCUUGGCUUAUAAUAACGAUCUCUGCAAUGAAAAGGACAAUUUAUUCCACUCUGAGCUGUCAAAGACUAACUCUGCUGCUUUCGGAGGUCAAACCAUUGCCCCAUUGCAUGACAAGUCUCCAGCAUGGCAUGGCAUUUGAGGAAAAAGACGACAAAAAUCUAAUGUGAUAAGGAAAAUAUGUUGGCCGUAAAACUCAAUGUGUGGACAAUGCAACAGCCAACGUGUCGAUGUGAAAUUCCUCCUUCCAUUAUUUAGCGGAGGCAUUAGCAUGUUAUUGUAAACCGGUUGAAAUUAAAUCUAUUUUAAAAGGGGCGGGGGUCAUUUAUCAAGUCAAAAAUAAUGCAAGGCAUUUCACACCAACACAUUCAGCAUUCACAAGGGAUUAUCCCAUCACAUAAUCUCCCAUCCUUCCUUUUCCUUGGGGGGGGGGGGGAAA